CCGGGGGCGGACUGGGGCGGGCGGAAGGAGAGCCAGGCCGGAAGGAGGCUGCCGGAGGGCGGGAGGCAGGAGCGGGCCAGGAGCUGCUGGGCUGGAGCGGCGGCGCCGCCAUGUCCGACAGCGAGAAGCUCAACCUGGACUCGAUCAUCGGGCGCCUGCUGGAAGUGCAGGGCUCGCGGCCUGGCAAGAAUGUACAGCUGACAGAGAACGAGAUCCGCGGUCUGUGCCUGAAAUCCCGGGAGAUUUUCCUGAGCCAGCCCAUUCUUCUGGAGCUGGAGGCACCCCUCAAGAUCUGCGGUGACAUACACGGCCAGUACUACGACCUUCUGCGACUAUUUGAGUAUGGCGGUUUCCCUCCCGAGAGCAACUACCUCUUUCUGGGGGACUAUGUGGACAGGGGCAAGCAGUCCUUGGAGACCAUCUGCCUGCUGCUGGCCUAUAAGAUCAAGUACCCCGAGAACUUCUUCCUGCUCCGUGGGAACCACGAGUGUGCCAGCAUCAACCGCAUCUAUGGUUUCUACGAUGAGUGCAAGAGACGCUACAACAUCAAACUGUGGAAAACCUUCACUGACUGCUUCAACUGCCUGCCCAUCGCGGCCAUAGUGGACGAAAAGAUCUUCUGCUGCCAUGGAGGCCUGUCCCCGGACCUGCAGUCCAUGGAGCAGAUUCGGCGGAUCAUGCGGCCCACAGACGUGCCUGACCAGGGCCUGCUGUGUGACCUGCUGUGGUCUGACCCUGACAAGGACGUGCAGGGCUGGGGCGAGAACGACCGUGGCGUCUCUUUUACCUUUGGAGCCGAGGUGGUGGCCAAGUUCCUCCACAAGCAUGACUUGGACCUCAUCUGCCGAGCACACCAGGUGGUAGAAGAUGGCUACGAAUUCUUUGCCAAGCGGCAGCUGGUGACACUUUUCUCAGCUCCCAACUACUGUGGCGAGUUUGACAACGCUGGCGCCAUGAUGAGCGUGGACGAGACCCUCAUGUGCUCCUUCCAGAUCCUCAAGCCCGCCGACAAGAACAAGGGGAAGUACGGGCAGUUCAGUGGCCUGAACCCUGGAGGCCGACCCAUCACCCCACCCCGCAAUUCCGCCAAAGCCAAGAAAUAGCCCCCGUGCACCACCCUGUGCCCCAGAUGAUGGAUUGAUUGUACAGAAAUCAUGCUGCCAUGCUGGGGGGGGGGGGUCACCCGGCCCCUCAGGCCCACCUGUCACGGGGAACAUGGAGCCUUGGUGUAUUUUUCUUUUUUUUUUAAUGAAUCAAUAGCAGCGUCCAGUCCCCCAGGGCUGCUUCCUGCUUGCACCUGCGGUGACUGUGAGCAGAAUCCUGGGGCUGAGGCUGCAGCUCAGGGCAACGGCAGGCCAGGUCGUGGGUCUCCAGCCGUGCUUGGCCUCAGGGCUGGCAGCCGGAUCCUGGGGCAACCCAUCUGGUCUCUUGAAUAAAGGUCAAAGCUGGAUUCUC